GAUCUGAGUCGCGGCGAGGGCACUGUGGAGCAGAUUCUUUGCUCCCCCCGUCUCCCUGCCCUCAGUCGAUCAUCGGUCUGCCAAUGAAGCUCAUUCCCCUCCUCUGCGCCGCCCUCCUCUCCUCGGCGGCCCUGCACUCUGUCCACUGCGCACCGAAGCCACCACCCAGGUCCGUGUCGGUGAGGCGGUCGUCCCCCGGCUCCCCCGGCUCGCCCGGCGGCGGCAUCCCAUUCAUCAGCCGCUUCAGGAGCAAUGACAAAGGGAACGAUGACUCGAUGGACUCACUCGGCAAUGAGCUGCCGCUGGACGUUGAGUGCGAGGACGACUCGGACGACUGUGACGACCUGUGCGCGACCGACAGAGGGCAGACCGCCAAGGCCGCCCUCCAGACCUUGCGAGCGGCGACCAAUCUCGGCUUGAUGGGAGCCGCGUACGCUGGUCUGGUCAAGGCGGCCGACCAGCUGGACAUGCGAGAGCCGCUGCUGUACCUGGUGCUGCUGAGCCACCUGAGCUGUCUAGGCGCCUUCCAGAGCUUCCUCUAUGCGGUGAGCUACGGCUACGGCCUGUCCCUGCUGUCGGCGGGGGCGUACGCGGCCGCCAACCAGCUGCUGGGCGACGCCAAGGCGGAGCUCUCCAAGUCGGGGGCGCUGCACUCGGCCAUCUACGCCGCGUACGGGCUGCGGAUGAUAUCCUUCAUCUGGGCGCGCAACACGAGCACGUCCUACAGGAGGAAGCUGAGAGAGAUCUACCAUGCCGACAAGAAGAUCUCACUCUGGGGCAAAUUCAUGUGCUGGUAGGGACACCACAGCACACCAGAGAGGGGGGGAGGGAGGGGGGGAGGGGGAGGGGGGCAAACAGCUGUGUGAUUUGCUGUGGCCUGUUGGUCUGCAGGACGUUUGUGUCGCUGCUGAUGACGGCGUACGGGCUGCCCGUGUACUUCAACAACAUGAUGGGGCCUCGCGAGCUCGCCCCUGUCGAGAAGGCCGGCCACAUCCUCGCCGCCAGUGGGCUGCUUGUGGAGGCCGUGGCGGACGUGCAGAAGGCCAAAGCAAAGGCCACCCAUGCCAACGCGCCAAUCACUUCAGGACUCUUCAGGUACACACACACACUUCUCCUUGUUGAUCCGCUUAUCUGUGUGUGAAUGGUGUGGUGUGGUGUCAACAAGGGUGGUUCGGCACCCGAACUACCUGGGCGAGAUCAUGUUUCACGCGGGCGUGUUCCUUGGGGGGUGGGAGGCGUAUGACACGCCUCUCAAGAGGAGCCUGGCGCUGGUGGGGCCAGCUCUCAUGAGUGCCGUCAUGGUGGAGCAGACAGCUUUGCUGUCCAAGAAGCAGCUGCAGAAAUACGGGAGGACGCCCAGAUACAGAAGAUACCUCAUGGUAUGGAUGGCCACAUUGCAGACACACAGACAAGGAGAGGGGUGUAGAGGGAGGGGGAUGCACCACGUGUGUGUCAUUGUGUGUGUUGUUCGUGUGUGUGUGUGUGUGUCUGUGUGGGCAGAACACCCCUGCGCUGCUGCCCCUGCCACUGGUCGCGACCAUCUUCAGACUCCUACGUAGGUGGUUUCCCUCCCCACAGAUGACCCCCCCCAUCCCCACCUUCUCUCUGUCUCCCUCUCUGUUCUGCUUCUUGCAGGCAUCAACGAGACGGCCCUAUGGUGGGCCGCAUGGCUGGUGGGGGGCGGUGCCGUCCUCUACGACGCCUACAAGGAGGGCGGGGGGCCGCCCAAGUCCCCCAGCGUCAAGGUCGUCAAGAACAGCCCAUCAGCGGCCACCAUGGGAGGCCGCACACGACGCACCGGCGGCAACACAUCGUCCGUCAAGAAGGUGCCGCGGACAAGAUAGACAGACAGACCGAUAGACGACGGGCGGGGCAGGGUUGUUUUCGUUCUUUCUUUUCAUAUUUCCGGCAUUGCUGCUGCUGCUGCUGCUGCCGCUCUUCCUGCCGGCUUGUUGGCUGGCUGACCGGAUGGAUGGAUGGAUGUCACAUGAGGAUGGAGGGGAGAGAGAGGAAGGGUGGGGGGUAAGAGCAACGCCUGUACAGCACGUAGAGAGAACUGUGUGUAGGGCAGGGGAGGGGACUGACUCCUCUGCACACACAAGACUAACCAACGUAUCCAUAAGCUAGCUAGUGGGGCUGAAGGGGGGGGGGGAUGCCAUCAAUGGUCCUUUCCUCACCAGGGAGGGGGGUGCGUGGUGCGUGCGUGUGUGUGUGUGUCAUCCGUUCCUUCCUUCGUGAGCGGCCUGUCUGUGCAGAAACCAAGAUCUAUCUAUCUCAUGAUCAUUUUUCUUUCUUCUCUUGCAUCGUGUACGCGAGUACGGGGAAGAUGGUCCGUCAAUUCAUGUGCUGGUUGGCUAGUUGGUGGCGUGAUUUGUGUACAGGCAGGCAGGCCCGGACCCACCUAGUGACGACAUACAGAUGGAUGGAUGGAUGGAUGGACGGCAGAUUGGUUCCUUCAUUCCUCUGACAUACCGACGCCGUACAUGCUGCUUGUAAUGGCUGUGUUCGUUCGUUCAUCAUCCCGUUCAUCGCUCCAUCCU